AUGCCCAAGCAGGCCCAUUCCGCCGCCCAAAUCUUUCCCACCCCAAACCCUAGGUUCCCAAUGGUGCGGCUCGCACCCAGCCCCCCAACCCGCACCACCGCCACCGCCCCCGACGCCGACCACCCCUCUCCGCCGUCUCGUCUCCUCUCCAAGCAUCGCCCGCGCCGCCGUGCCGCGCCGCCCCGCCCGACCUUGCCGCCCCCUGCGCCCACGCGCGGCCAGCCCGACCUCAACCGCUGCAGCUGCUGCUUGGUCCGCCUCCCGCCGCCGCCACCGGGCGCCAAGCGCCACCCAAUCCGUCCUCUCCGCUCCCUCUGGCGCAUCGUCCUCCUCUGCUCCGAAUGCCUCUCCCUGCUUCGCGCCGCCGCCGUCUGCUCCUACUGCCUCUCCCUCGACAACCUCCCGUCCGAGGACUCCGCCGUCACAUGCCGCAGCUGCAACCGCUGCGUCCACCACCACUGCAUCCUUGCCGAGCACCGUAUGGCCCUGGUCCAGCCUAUCGAUUUGGACGAUUUCGUCUGCGUGGAUUGCUGCCCGACCGUGAAGCCCGGUAGAAAGAAUGUGGGAACCGCAUCCGUUCCUAAGCUGGAGCUGGCCAUCACGGAGCCCCAUUCUGCAGGGAGGGGGAAGCGAGAUGCUCUCGCUUCCGCUAAGUUGAAUUCCCCCAGGAAGGCUGUGCCAGUUUCCAAGGAGGUGAGGGCCCUCGUUGCUGUAGGUGGGGAGUCACAGAGCAACGGUGAUCCGGACCUGCCAGACGAGAAGUUGGCGUUGCAGCUGCAUCUGGCGAUGAACGGGUCGCAGAGGAUUUCUCGUUCCGGUAGCGCAUCGGGGAUUGUCUCCGCUGGGCAGGGCAAAGUGAAGAAAGGAUUGGUUUCUGGGAGGAAGGUUAAUGAGGAUCUGGGCCUUUGUGUCACCAAUAUGAUGGAUCAUCUCGACUAUGGUGAGACUGCAGCAGAGAUGCAAAGCAACUGGAAUGCAAAACAUGUUAUGGGGCUUGAUCCCUCUGUCACAGUGGUUCUUGCACUGGAGUAUACAGGUAAAUACGCUGAGGACUGUAUGGGAGGUAAAAGGAAAGGUCCUCCUGGGACUAAUCAGCAUGAUGGGUUGGUGGAUCGGUAUCAGAUGAAGUACACGAGGAAGUCAAGUAAGCAGGCGAAUGCCCAAAGCACUGGAAACAGGACCAUGCCCAAUGGAAAUGUUAGUGACAGUGGUAAGGGCAAAACUCCCAUGACAUAGACUGCAUCUUCCUUUUGGAGGUGAUUUUUGAUAGCUGUAGUUUGCAACCGGCAAGUAGAGGAUUUGAAGCUAGCAACUUGUUAGUGGACGUGAUGGCGACUGCAAGCAAAGUUAUAGCUUGCCGCCAUGCCCUCCUCCUGCAGCUCAGCUCACUAACACCAUCUCCCGACUCUUCACCGAAAUCCAGAUGGACAGAAAGUUGGGGUCGAGGAAAGAGCCGCCACUGACACCCAUGUGUUUUGUCAAGCAAAUCCGAAGGUUCUGGGCAGUGCAUAGUGAGAAGAUGUGGGUUGUGAUUGUUGACUUAGAAAUUUUCUUGUCCGCGUUUGAGGAAAUUUUGACGCAUUUGGCUAAGAUCAUCAUGACACACAUAUCUGGGUCUGGGGAAUUUGGAAACUAUGAUUCUUACGAGCAGCACCGCUUUGAUGUUGUAUCCUUCAGGUUCAGAAGCCUACACGAGGUUAAUACAGAAGGCUGAGAACUGCAAGAGGUUAAUUGAAAUGUGUAUCUGCCUUUUGCGAACAAGAUAACUGGUAUCAAGAAUAUGAAGGCUGAAAUUCAAAUUAUCCUUGUCAUAGCGAAGGCUAUCCAGAGAUCAUAUUAAAGCAUGAAUGUAUGGUUGUUUACACUAAUCUUCAUACAUAGCACGAGUGCGAACACGCGGAAAGUUAUUCACGCUGGUCUUGUUUUAUGGUUCUGUUUCUGAUACCAGACGUAACCUCAGUUUGUACUUUCUAAUUUCUAACUGGAGGAUGUUGGGAAUAUUAGCAAUCCUGAUAUUACAAUCCAUGGCUCCUCAUGGUAACCUUGUGCACCA